AUGGCCAACUUUAAAGUCCCGCCAGCCACCGUCCAAGCCGCAAUCCAACUCAUCUCAACAGGCCAGUUGCCAAGAGACGCCCGGUCGCACCGUGUUACGGAAGAAAUAGCCGCGGGUCAGAAGGCUCGGACUGCCGUGCGCAUUUGGGCGGGCGCGCGGGUGCGCGCAGGCAGUCCGUAG